UCUAAAUACAGGAGGGCUACAGUCCUGAGCCACAGGCUGUUUAACCCGGACAACUCAUCUCAGCCAAGGUGGAGAGGUUAUCUGAGUGGAAACAUUAGAGGAGAGCCCCAGAAACAGAGCAGGCUACAAACCCUCAUCAUCAACAUGGGGGCUGUCAUCUCACGGUGGAGGACUAAACCAUCCACUGUGGAGGUUUUGGAAGGAAUGGAUAAGGAUAUCCAGGUUCUUGAAGAAUACAGUGAAAAGUAUCAAAGGCAGUUGAAGUUAUGGCUCGGGAGGCUGCUGCUGUACUCGUCUCUUCUCUACCUGUUCACAUGCAUAAUCGUGUAUUUCUGGUACCUUCCUGAACAGUUAAUGGGACGACUCAUAUUGUGUCUUCCCUUUUUAAUAUUUCCAUUAUUAGUGUGGUUACUCCGAAAAUUUCUGAUAGUUAUUUUUUCACGGAGAACUGAAAGGAAUAAUGAAAAAUUAGAGGAUCUUAAAACGCAAAAGAGGAAAAUACUUGAGGAAGUUAUGGAGACUGAGACUUAUAAAACUGCUAAAAUGAUUCUGGAGAGAUUUGAUCCUGAUUCCAAGAGAAAAAUGGAGCUGGAAUCCACUCCAGUUGGAGCUCAUAUGACUCCCAAACCAGGACAAGAACUUCGCCAUCGCAAUGUCAUCCCAAAGACCCCCCCAGUGGUAGUGAAUCCUGCAAGCAGUGCUGUGGCCCGCCCUCCUCUUGCCUCUGGGCCCACCUGUCCUGGACGAUCUUCCCACUCUGCUCCAGGUGGACCCCCAGAGAGGAAUCUGUCGGCCAUAGCUGCUCAGCAGAGCUUGAUGAGGAAGCCUGUGACCCCUGGAACACCUGUUCUAGGAGUCGGGAUGCACCCCCCAGGCCCACCCCUGGCCAGACCUGUGCUCCCAAGGGAAAGAGGCGCCAUGGACAGAGUCAUUGAGUAUCUUGUUGGAGAUGGCCCUCAGAACAGAUACGCUCUCAUCUGUCAGCAGUGUCUGUCCCAUAACGGCAUGGCAUUAAAGGAGGAAUUUGAAUAUGUUGCCUUCCGAUGUGCAUAUUGUUAUUUCCUGAACCCUGCAAGAAAGACCAGGCCUCAGGCACCUAGACUCCCUGAGGUCACUGGUGAACUGAAGAUGUCGUCUGAGGCACCUUUGUCAUCAUCUGAUGCUGACAUGGCUGAUGUAGAUGACGACCAGUCUGUUUUAGGGAAGACAAAGCAUGCCGAUGACUCUGCUGAAACAGACACCCGGGGGCCAGAGACGCCAACAACCACAGAACCUAGUUCUGCAUCAGAUGACCAAACCACCCCAGAGUCACAAGACCUGCCCACCGAAAAAUCUGAUGGAGAGCAAGAUUUGUCUGCCAUGGAAGUGGAAUAAAACAGUGGAGAAGUUGAUUUCAACAUAUUAACCAGAACUUUUUCUUUGAAGAAAUGUGAUAGCGGUUAUCUUAUAAGCAAAUGCCGUAACUUGAGACACCACAGUAACACACAAGCAGUUAAUGUGGUUUUCAACUUACAGAAUGACCUUUCUUUUGAGAAUUGCUUUUAUAGUAUAGCAAUAGUGAUGAAUUAAAUAUGAAAUUGCAUAGCACUAGCAUUUGAUAGCAACUGCCAAACAACCUCCUUUUUCUUCAUAUGAUUACAUGUCUAGCCCAUUGUCAUAACAGAGAGCAAUUAGCAUUAUAGUAAAUUAGUUAUUUUUUAUGCUGUAUAGGAAAGUAUGUCUCUGUUUCUUUUCUUUCUGUGUUUUUUUGACUGAAUUUCUAACACUAUUCUAUCUGGGUUAAUGGGAAAUGGCGGAGGCUAAACAAAAAAAAAACAGUUUUGUGGGAAAAUUUUAUUUAUGGGAAAUUAUUUAUAAAUAUUUUUCUAUAAUGCUGUGCCUUUCAUGACAGUGUUGACUGGGGUACUUUGUAGCACAGUGCUGCUUACACGUUUACACAACCAUGGUACCACAAUAGGAAUGCACAUACAGAAUGUAUUUAUUGCUAAAAGGGAGGAAAGAAGAUUUACGUCAGUACUGUACCUGCCUUAAGUGCCUUUUUAUUUUUUAAAUCUCUGCUUCAGAGUAUUGUUGAUACAACCUAUUUACAUAUAGACAAAGUCAUUUAACUGUUUUCAGUCUUAAGGGACAGGAUCUGUUUGCUGAAUGUGUGAAUUCCUGUACUGUAUAAAUAAUACUAAAUAAACUUUUGAG